CGGGCGGAGCCCUAGAACGGACAUGUGUCGGCUUUGAGGAUGAUGUUCACUGGGUCCCAUGGCAGGAGGCGGGGAGGGGCCAGGGCGAGAAGCCUCGUCGGCGAUCAUCGGCCUAACGGAGUGCACCGACCAGCUCAUAGGCCACAUACCAGUCCUACAGCGUACCAUAGGCCUUACUCAAGUGUCUAUGACUCCGAUAGAGAGCGACUGUUGCCACCUGAUGGAGAUAGUAGAGUUGAAGGUCUCGCCCAUCGGAGAGGAGCAGUUAAGCAUCAGAAAGUCCAUCAAGUUCGUGGUCAUCGGUUCCUCGCCAAAUUUUUCAGACAGCCGACAGUCUGUACAUUCUGUAAAGACUUCCUAUGGGGGUUCGGUAAACAAGGAUACCAAUGUAAAAGUUGCCAAACAGCAGUACACAAGAAAUGUCACGAAAAAUUGCUAACAAAAUGCCCUGGUUCAGGAAUAGAUUCCGAAAGCACAAUAUACCUCAGGGAGCGCUUUAAGCUGGAUGUACCUCACAGAUUCAGGCAACACACCUUUAUGUCACCUACAUUCUGUUCCCACUGCGGGUCUCUCUUAUAUGGCCUAUUUCGACAAGGGCUGAAAUGCGAAGAGUGCGAUGUCAACUGCCACUGGAAGUGUCGGACGUUGAUGCCCAACUUGUGCGGGGUGAACCAGAAGCUGAUCGUGGAGGCGCUGGCCAACGUGAAGCGAGGUAGGUCGGUCAGAGAGUCAAAGGAGUCCCUCUUCAAGCUGCUAAAUUCUUCAGAAGAAAGUUCUUCGGAGACCAGUACCAGCCAAGAAAAGGGCCGGGUGACACCUCCAGCGACGACGCUCCCCAGGUUCAGAACUUACAGCAUCAACGACUUCCAGUUCCUCAAGGUCCUUGGAAAAGGCAGUUUUGGCAAGGUCUAUUCGAGGAGGCACUGGACGAGGUCCAACAUUCUUCAACCGUCUUUACUCAAUCUCACGACCGGCGGGAUGAAGAAUAAAUGUGUUUCGGAUAAAUUAAUUGAUAGCAACACCCUGGUUUGGCUAAUGGGUCCGAUGGUUCUCCUUGCCGAGCUGAAAGGUUCCAAUUGCUACUACGCUGUGAAGGCCCUCAAGAAGGAUGUCGUCUUGGAAGACGACGACGUUGAGUGCACGAUGAUUGAAAGAAAGGUAUUGACGCUUGGGACGGGGCAUCCCUAUUUCUGCCACCUCUUCUGUACAUUCCAAACCGAGUCACACCUGUUCUUCGUGAUGGAAUACCUCAAUGGAGGAGACCUCAUGUUCCACAUCCAAGAGUCAGGUCGCUUCGAUGAAGGUAGGGCAAGGUUUUACGCAGCCGAAAUCGUCUCUGGAUUGAAAUUCCUGCACAAAUGGGGAAUAGUUUACAGAGAUCUCAAACUGGAUAAUGUUCUAUUAGACUUUGAUGGCCACGUGAGAAUAGCAGAUUUUGGUAUGUGCAAACUACAGAUUUAUUUGGACAAAACCACAGAUACAUUCUGCGGAACACCAGAUUACAUGGCGCCGGAGAUCAUCAAAGGACUGAAAUACAACCAGUGCGUGGACUGGUGGUCAUUUGGAGUAUUGCUCUACGAGAUGCUGGUGGGCCAAUCCCCGUUUUCCGGCUGCGACGAGGAUGACCUCUUUUGGAGUAUAUACUGGACAAAACGAUUAGGGUAUGGUCAAAACGGAGCAAAUGACGUCAUGGGUCACGAUUUUUUCCAAGGGCUCAACUGGAGCCUGCUUGAACGCCGCCAAUUGGAACCCCCCUUCAAACCAACAGUCAAACAUCCAUUGGACACUAAGUAUUUUGAUAAAGUGUUUACUCAAGAAAAGCCACGUUUGACUCCAGUAGAAAGAAGGAUAUUGGAGUCGAUGGACCAGUCCCAAUUUGAUGGAUUCAGCUAUACAAAUCCAAAUGCAACACAGUAGUUCUUUAUUAAGCAAAUUUAAGUACUUUUAAGAAAUUUUGUAAAUAUUUGACUUAAAACAGAAUUAAGCCUACAGCCUAAUAAUAAUUGAUAUAAUGAAGAAAAAUAAAUAAGAGCAGUAAUGAAACGUGAACUAGAAAGCACUUUACAAAGAAGCAGAAAUAUUAAGGAAAAUUUAGGGUCUUUAACCAUACAUAAUAAUUAUUGAAGGGAGUUAGUCGACUGUUCGACAUAUCAUGGGUGAUAAAUAUUCAGAACGCAGUCUUUUUUUAAAAAAAACAUUUUUUAAAAAGGCUACGUCCUGAAUAUUUAUCACCCAUCAUAUAAUAAUAUAUGAUUUUAUUAUAAAAUAUAACUUACAUCAAACCUGAUGGUUACUUUUUUACUAGUCAAUUCAUAAUGAUAUUAUAGCAAUUUUAAUAAUGGAAGGUUUUUCUGAUUAAUAAUACUUCAGUUUUAUGUGCAAAAACUAGUCAGGUAACUAUAGGGGAAAAUCAACUAUCAACAUUGGAAUAUAUUUCAUUAAGGUACUUAGGAAAUUCUUGAAAUCUAAUUAUUUUAAAAAAUCUCAUUUUUUAUGUCAUGUAGUAAAGAUAACAAUAAUGUUUGUUAAGGUUGAAUAUAAUUUUUUUUACCUAGUUACUUCAGAUACUGUUGUCCAGGGGUGCCCAUUCCCCCAAGAUCGAUAGCGCAUAAAUCUUCUCCUACCCUUCCCAAGAUAUUCUAUUCCUCUCUUCUUUUUAAAAACAGUGCAAACGAAAGUAGAAUUCGAGUAUUCGUAGAUUAUAUACAAUUACACAUCCUGUGGUCUGUUCCAUGAUUCCACCAGUUUUUUUAUUUGAAACUUAUCAUCUUUAAAAUUCAUAACCCUGUCGAAAUGUGCUCCCCUCAAAAAUUGAAAACUCUGUCAAAAAGUGCCCCCUUCAUUAAUUUUGAUGGCACAACUUGUGCUGUAAAACCCCGUUUUGGGCACCCCUCCUAUUGUCAAUGGCCUAAUAUCUAUUUUGUUAUAGGACAAAGUAAUAUUAGAAACAUAGCCGAUUGGACUUCAGAAUUUAUUUAUUAUUUUAUACAGGUUUAUUAUUUUGAGUCAAUGAAGUCUGUCAAUGUCUUAUGAAAAAAAUUAUCUCUAAAAGUAUUAUAGUUUCUUUAAUUACAUUUAAAAGUACUUCAAGAAUCACUUACACUCCAUUUGGUGUAGGUAGUUAGUUUUUUCGUUUUCUAUUAAAGUAAUUAUCGUUAUAUAUAUAUAUAUAAAAAAAAUCUUUCAGGCUGAAGCUCCCAAAAUUAAAUCAUGUAUCCGUUAGUGGUACACGUCAUCACCUCCUUUAAAAUCUUUUAAGAUAAAAUUCUCUCUUAAUCUAAAACAUUAUUUGGUCAAGGAAGAACUAAAAAAAAAUUAAGAUAAUUUACUGGUCAAUAAAAAAAAUGAAGAUGACAAACACUACUGAUAGAAUGGUACAUGGAAUAUUGUCAGCUUUUUAUAAAUAUAUAUACAUAUAUAUAUUUAAAUCCAUUUUUGUAAUUUGUUUUCAGUCUUGUCAAAGUAAAUUCAUGAUUAUUACUUUCCAUGAAGUUUUUGUUAAAUUUCAUUAUAUGAAUUCGUUUUGUUUUUAUCCAAAAUUAAUUAUUGUUUUAUCCCAAAUUUUAGUUAACUUUCAAUUAAUGGCUACACAACGUUGAAUUGUGUGAACUGUAUCUAGUACAUAUAAUUGAGAUGAGAGCACUCUGCUGAGCCAACUAGUAAAUGUAAGUGGGAGGAUUGUGUUAAGACUGAUCUUGCAAAGUUGAGUUAUAACCACAAUCAGUGAAAGGAAAUAUGUAGACAGUGAUUAGUAUUAUCAGCUUUGGUAUGGUAUCAAAUCUUUGGGUUCGCUAAGCAUUGUAUUAUUAUUAUCAAGCUUCGGAUAUGCAAUAUUGUAAUAAUAUGACACAUUUAUUGCAUAUAAUUAUAAUAAAUAAAUUAUAAAUAAGCCUUAGAUAACCAGUUAUUAAACAGUGAUCACUAACAGCAUAUUGAAUAUUUUGCACCAUAAUCUUUAGGGUUUGUAGAACCAUUAAAUCAAGACAAUUAUGAUUAAGGUUCAUUUAUAUUAAACCGAAUUUAAAUUUAUCAAUCUCAACAAUUACUUGUUAAACCUAGACAUGCAAUAAUUUAAACAUAGUUUUAAUUUUAUAGAUUUCAAGUAAAUUUGAGGAGUAUUUAAACAAGUAUGCAAACUUUAAAGCAACCAAGAUAUAUAAUACACAUCACUCUCUGAGUAUUAUUAUAUUAUCUGCUACAUGCAUCAAUCGAAGAGAUAGUGUUUUAUAGAAUAAAAAAUAGAAAUCUUAUUAUGACAGAUAUUAUGAUGAAUUGAUAGAACUACUUACCUAGAGUUCCCAAUUAUAAUUAUCUUACAAAUGUACAUAUAAUUGAGAAAGAAAUAUUAUUUUUAAAUCUUCAAAGUAUUAUAGUUCAAAUGUAAUUGCCAGCCCGUCAGCAAAUUCGUGGAGCGCUAAUAUUAAAUUAUCUAAUAUUAUAAUUCUAACAUAUAUUAGAAGAUUAUACCAUCUUUCUACAUAUGGAUACAUCUGUGAAUAUUAUGUAGUAUCGAAAAAAUAAAAGUGUGUGUUUUGAUCAAUCAAUGUCACAUGAGUCAAUGUCGGCCGAGCUAUAGUAGCACAAUUUUCAACUUUCAGCCAUGUAUUAUAGAGUCUUUUGAAACCAAUUUAAUUUAGUGCUUGAGCAAGAGGUUUGCAUUAGGGUUUAUUAAAAAUAAUUACAGUUCAUCACUUUAGUUUAAUUUAUCACUGAUUUCAGGCGAAAAAUUUCCAACAAGAAAAGUUUUCAAGCUGUAUUAAUUGAAUUUUGUAAUUUUAUAUGUAUUAAUGACAUGAAUUGUUCAGUUUCUGAAGACAGUAGAAGUUAAAUAAGUGAAAUAGAUUAUAAUCAGGCUGUAGCUAGACUAACUAUACGUUAUUUAUAUAUAAAGUUUAUAAUGAGAUCUCAAAAAAAAAAAAAAGAUUAUAAAUUA